AUGUUCUAUAUGGUGUACGAUGUAUGUUCCUGUCGACUCGAGAGGAAACUCUCGCUGUACACCCUCACUGUGACCCUGUACUUGUAUGAACGGAGCGCGGCCUCGCGCACCCUCGCCGCCCUGGGCCCAUACCUGGCGCCCCUGUGCACCUGGCGCCCUGUGCACCUGGUGCACCUGGUACACGCGCGACAUAUAUCGCACUGGCGGCGCGGGGACGCGAGUCGCGCGGCCUCACGAGCGUGCUUGUAA